AGCCAGGUAGGAAAGCGGGGCUGGGUGGAAGAGGCGUUUGACGCCUGUUGGGGACUCAUUCUUCUUACGAGGAGUGGGUGUGAACUUGGUCGUCCCGGGGCUUCAGUGGUUGCGGGAGUUCGAGAAGAGGAGCCUAUAACUCCUCACAAAGGGGAAGGGACUGAGGCCUUGGGCCUGUCUCACCCUAGCGCGGCCGGGGAGGCCCAGACGGCUUGGGGGGCAGGAAGAGGGAGGGCGGGAGCCUAGUGGGGUGGUCGCUGGGAAAUAGGUUUAAGACAGGGCUGGAAAUUGAUUCUGGGUGGAGUCUCAAGACUGGGGCAAGCAAGGGGAAUUUUGUUGACAAGUCUUGCUGUUAAGGUGUGAGGCAUGGACGUUCUGGGAGAUGGGGUGGAAAGGAUGGGCAGAAAAGGCAGCCCAUGCUUGGCGCCUUGGCAUGCGAGCCCAGGAUUGUUUAAUUAUCUUUAACCAGCUUGGUUCCCCUUCUUGCAAGGGGAGUCGUGUCCUCUGAAAUGUUUGGAAAGAAAGACGGAGAGUUCCCGUUGUGGCUCAGCGGUAACAAACCCAACUGCUAUCCGUGAAGUUGCGGGUUCCAUUCCUGGCCUGGCUCAGUGGGUUAAGGAUCUGGAGUUGCCCUGAACUGUGGAUGCGACUCGGAUCCUGCGUUGUUUUGGUUGUGGCUGUGGUGUAGGCCGGCAGCUGCAGCUUGGAUUCAGCACCUAGCCUGGGAACUUCCAUAUGCUGCAGGCUGCUACCAUGAGGUUAAAUCAGAACACCUUGCUUCUGGGAAAGAAGGUGGUGCUGGUACCCUACACCCCGGAGCAUGUGCCUAGGUACCAUGAGUGGAUGAAAUCAGAGGAGCUGCAGCGUUUGACAGCGUCUGAGCCGCUGACCCUGGAGCAGGAGUACGCGAUGCAGCAGAGCUGGCGGGAAGAUGCGGACAAGUGCACCUUCAUCGUGCUGGCUGCAGAGAAGUGGCAGGGCCAGCCAGGCCCCAGUGAAGAGAGCUGCAUGGCUGGAGACGUGAACCUCUUCCUCACAGAUCUAGGGGACCCCUCCCUGGGGGAGAUUGAGGUCAUGAUUGCAGAGCCCAGCUGCAGGGGCCAGGGCUUGGGCACCGAGGCCGUCCUCAUGAUGAUGGCUUAUGGAGUCACCAAGCUAGGUCUGACCACGUUUGAGGCUAAAAUUGGGCAAGAAAAUGAACCCAGCAUCCGGAUGUUCCGCAGGCUGCACUUUGAGCAGGUGGCCGUGAGCAGUGUCUUCCAGGAGGUGACACUCAGGCUGACAAUGAGUGAGCCGGAGCGGCAGUGGCUUCUGGAGCAGACCAGCCAUAUGCAAGAGAAGCCCUACAGAGAUGGGUCCUCAGAGCCCCACUGACAGCUGGCCUCGUGGCCUGGCCACCCUGUGUGAACGGGAGUGUAAGACCAGGCUCCUGCCACAGGAGAAUGGAGGGAGCCUCGGGGGCAGAUACUCUGGGCCCUGCUCCAGGUUGGAAAUCUUUUGGGGGCCCUUCAGACCCUGGGCUGGACUUGCUUGGCCUCCCUUGUGUGGCAGCGUGGCUGAGCCCCUCCAGGGCCAGCCCCUGCUCCUGGCCAACCCUGGACUCUCGGAACCUGGAGCGGAUGGCAUGAAUCCAUGGCAGAGGCCAGGGUGGGCGUGGAGCCAGAGUUGAGGGAGGGGCCUGGUGAACAGGCAAGACUUCCUUUUCGCCUGGAAGGCCGGAGGGGCCACCGAGCCUCUGGCCAGGAGUAAAGCCCACUGCCUGCA